CAUAAUCCCCCCCCUCCUCUCAACCAUCCCCGGUUUCCCCUUCCUCUCGAUCGCACCCAUGAUACUCUGAGCUCUGUCGAACUCCGCUCUCACCAAAUGGCUUCCACCGUCCCCCCGGACCCCGUGCACAGCAACCACUACGUGGACUACGUCAUCCGCUAUAACUUUGGCGACACCGACUCCGUCCAAGCAACAGAGCAGCUCGACCGGCUGCUGCGACGACUCUUCGACGUGGGACUGCAGACCGAGGUGCGGCAGGGCGAUGAGACCUCCCUGCUUGUGUUUGUCCGGGCGUCCCGGAAGAAGAGCCUGAAACGCGCGCUGUAUCAGUCUCGCAUCCGCGACUGGCUCUACGGCGUCCGCAACACCGAACCCGAACCCGAAUCCUCCGCCGAGCCGCAAUCCGAAUCGGAGCGUCUGCGCGUCAUCUACCACCUGAUCACCGAGCCCAAAGAAGCGGGCGGCGCCGGCAUCACCCCGAAACACGGCGAAUGGAAAAGUAUCGAUGCGAUUUUCCCCCUCCACGAUGAGGACAUGAAUCGGCAGUGCAUGAAGGAUUGGAGUCGGAAGACGUUUCUGUCGCCUGAGGAUCUGGAUCAGAUUAAGGAUACCUUCGGGGAAAGUGUCGGGUUCUAUUUCGCGUUCCUGCAGUCGUAUUUCCGCUUCCUGCUUUUCCCGGCCCUGUUCGGUUUCUCGUGCUGGUUGCUGCUGGGCUCGUUUUCGAUUAUCUAUACCGUGGUGAAUUGUCUGUGGUGUAUUAUUUUCAUUGAGUACUGGAAGCGCCAGGAGGAGGACUAUAGCUGUCGCUGGCAGACGAAGGGGGUCUCGGCGGUGCGGCCGAAGCGACGCGAGUUCAAGCCUGAGAGGGAGGUCCACGAUGAAAGCACCGAUGAGAUCCGCGGCGUGUUUCCGGCCACGAAGCGAAUGUAUCGCCAGCUGCUGGUCGUGCCGUUUGCGAUGCUGUCGGCGGUUGCGCUGGGGUUGAUCAUCGCUACGUGCUUCGCCAUCGAGAUCUUUAUCUCGGAGGUGUAUAACGGGCCGUUGAAGACCUAUUUGAUUUUCAUCCCGACCAUCUUGCUCUCGGCGCUGAUUCCGACGAUGAGCACGGUUCUGGUGUCGAUUGCCACCAAGCUCAAUGACUACGAGAACUACGAAACUCAGCCUGCGUAUGACGUGGCGCUGACACAGAAGAUUUUCGUGAUCAACUUCAUCACCUCGUAUCUCCCGAUCUUCCUCACGGCCUUCGUCUACGUCCCCUUUGCCAGUCUGAUCGUGCCCUACCUCGACGUGUUCCACCUGACCGUCCGCCCAUUCGUCUCCAAGGAAGACGCGACCUCCCUGCGCACCGAGUUCAGCAUCGACCCCGACCGUCUCCGCAAGCAAGUCAUCUACUUCACCGUCACCGCGCAAGCGGUCAACUUCGCCAUGGAAACCAUCGUCCCUAUGCUCAAGCAGCGUCUCUUCCGCGAAUACAAGGACUACAACCGGCGUAAGAACGGGAAAUCCGACCCCGGCGCCGACGGCAGCGAGACGAAGAAAGAGGCGCUCUUCGACGACCACCCGGACGAGACCAAAUUCCUGACACGGGUCCGCAACGAAGCCGACAUGGAAGACUACGACGUGACGGAGGACCUGCGCGAGAUGUGCAUCCAGUUCGGCUACCUAGCGCUGUUUUCGCCCGUGUGGCCGCUCGUCCCUGUGUCCUUCCUGAUCAACAACUGGGUCGAGCUGCGGUCCGAUUUCUUCAAGAUCUGCAUGGAAUGCAAGCGCCCGUGGCCGCAACGCGCCGACACCAUCGGCCCCUGGCUCGAGAGCCUGGGCUUCCUGUCCUGGGUGGGAAGCAUCACCAGCGCGGCGCUGCUGUACGUGUUCAGCAACGGCCACGAAGGCCCGAACGGCGAACCGACCGCCAUCCGCGGCUGGGCCCUCCUCCUCACCAUCUUCUUCUCCGAACACAUCUACCUCAUGGCGCGGUAUGCCGUGCGCGCAGCCAUGUCGAAGCUCGAGCCCGCCAACGUCAAGACAGAGCGUACGGAACGCUACAUGAUGCGGAAGAGGUAUCUCGAGGCUACGGUCGGUGCCAGAAGCAGCGACGACGAGGGCGACGAUGAUGCCGGUAACGAUGGGAAGGAUCGCUCGAUGGAGGUGUCUGAGAUCACGCGCGACUCGCUGGAAAAGGACGCCCGUGACUGGUCCAGCCAUGAUGUCGACCCCGCGGAACGGUUCUGGAUGCGCCAGAAGGGCUGGAAGGAGUCGGCCCAUGUUGGUGCUAAUAUUAUCAAGGUCGCCGAUCCGCAUUCCAAGAAGGAGCAGUGAUCAACCGAUCGGUCUUGGAGUUGGAUAUAGAUAGAUAUCGGGCGAUGUCCCGUCUGGCCGGGCCAGUUGCGGUAUAUAGAGGGGGUUUGUGUGAAGGUCUCCGGAUCCACAUACGCCUUGAUGUAUAGGAGUACUAUCUAUUAUUGUUAUUAUGAUGAUCUUGGACAG